AUGUAAGGAUCCAAGAUUGCCGUAUUGGCCCUAUUAUUCUCUUCACUUGCACUUGCAAAUAUCAACAAGGACUUCGCCCACAUCCUUGAUGGAACAUCUGCAGUAACUCUUGACGAUAUUGAAGUUAUGUACUCAAAAUUUGUUCAAUAAUACAAGCAACAAAUGAAUUACUCCCCAAGUUCCUAAUUCAAGAGUUAAACCAUUGAUCGUAAAAUGAUUUUCGCACAAAAGGUUCAAGAGAUCAUCAAGCACAAUACUGCUCCUUCUGUUUCAUACAAGAAGGGUCUUAACCCAUUUUCAGAUAUGACUGAAGAAGAAUUCGUCAGCUACUAUAACAUUAAUGCUCAAGCUGAAUAAAAUUGCUCUGCUACCAAGAGAUCAGAAAUCCCAUAACUUAUGGGUGAUGGCAUUCCAGAACAAUGGGAUUGGAGAGAUAAGGGCAUUGUAUCACCAGUGAAGAAUCAAGGUCAUUGUGGUUCAUGCUGGACUUUCUCAACAGUUGGUUGCCUUGAGGCACACUACCUGAAGAGAUACGGUUAAUUCAAGAAUCUUUCAGAAUAAUAACUUGUCGAUUGCGCCAGCGCUUAUGAUAACCAUGGAUGUAAUGGUGGUCUCCCAUCUCACGCUUUCGAAUAUGUAAAGGAUAAUGGUGGUAUCUCAACAGAAGCUUCGUACCCAUAUCAAGCUGUAACCAAUUAAUGCACUGUCAACCCAAGCAGCUAUGCUGUUGGAGUUAGAGGAGGUGCCGUCAAUAUUUCUCUCAGCGAAGAAGAUUUAAGACAAGCUCUUUUCAAUAAUGGGCCAAUCUCAAUUGCAUUCUAAGUUGUUGAUGGCUUCAGAGAUUACUCAUCAGGUGUCUAUGUAAGCAGCACAUGCAAGAAUGGACCUUCAGAUGUCAACCAUGCAGUUCUUGCCGUCGGAUAUGGAACUGAGAACGGAGUUAAUUACUGGCUCAUUAAGAAUUCAUGGGGUGCUGCCUGGGGUGACAAAGGAUUCUUCAAGAUGCAAAGAGGAGUUAACAUGUGCGGUGUUGCUGUCUGCAAUUCAUACCCUCAAGAGGUUUAUGAUAUUUCACAAGAAUUCAAGGUGUUCCUUCAAUGA